CCAAUGUAUUUUAAACUUGCAUUAUACUGUUUAUUGAUCAGCUUUGUUUCUUCUAAAAAUAUUCUCAUUUACGAUCCAAUAUUCGGGUUUAGUCAUGUGAAAUUUGUUAGUCUUAUGGCUGAAAUUAUAGCUAAUCAUGGACAUAAUGUUACACUCUUCAGGCCGUACCAUAUUGCUUUACCAAAUGUAGAUGGAUUGGUGAAAAACAAAAAUAUUCAGAUCAUCGAUUACUUCCCAAAACACUACGACGAACUUUUACAUGCUGAGAAACAAACGUUCCCCGGUUUCUGGAAUGACCCUCUGAUCAGUCAGCCUGUUUUGAGAUCGCUAGUGGUCUCAAAGCUGAUUAGUGGCGAGAUGAAACGAACUGCAACGCAGUUACUCCAAGAUGAACGUGUAUUAAAUGAGUUGAGAAGUAAGAAAUUUGAUGUGGUUAUUUCUGAAACUUUCGAGAUCACAGGGCUCUAUCUCGCUCACAUCAUUGAUGUUCCCUGCAUCCCAAUGAUGCCAGCGGUUCGGUAUUUGGACCUAGGAUACCUACUAGGACAGCCAUCUUUAAUUGGCUACGCCCAACAACCUGGCUCCAAGAUGGCUCCAGAAGCCGGAUUCCUGGAUCGACUGAACGACGUCUAUCAAUACUUUUUCAUGAGCUGCGAAACCGACUGGACCAGUCAAUACCAAAACGACAAUAUCGAGGCAGCGAUUGGAAGGCCGCUGCCGAAUUGGAAGGAUCUUUUAAGAAAUUCUCCAAUUUAUAUUUUGAACUCAAACCCUUACCUGGAUUUUGCGGUCCCAACUACUGCGACAAUUGUCCAAGUUGGUGGAAUGACUGUGGAUUUGAAGAAGAUGAAGAAUGUGGCAAAGCUGUCAGAGGAAUAUGAAACAAUUCUCGCUGAAAGAGAUUAUGCAGUUCUGAUAUCCUUCGGUUCUGUUAUCAGAUCAUUUCAGAUGCCCGACAAUUUUAAAGUGGGCUUGAUCAAAUUGUUCGAAUCACUUUCAGAUGUCACAUUUAUUUGGAAAUAUGAAAAAGGUGACGUGGAAUUCCAGAAGAGACUUCCGAAAAAUGUUCAUCUGAAAAAAUGGGUUCCACAACCUUCUUUGCUUGCUGAUAAACGAGUUAAGCUUUUCGUUACACAUGGAGGUUUGGGAAGUACAACUGAAGUGGCCUAUACUGGAAAACCUGCACUAAUGGUUCCAAUAUUUGGAGAUCAGCCGAAUAACGCGGAUAUGCUUGCAAGGCACGGCGGAGCUAUUGCCUAUAGUAAAUUUGAUCUGGCGAAUGGGGAAAAGCUUGCUAAUACAGUGAAAGAUAUGGUUUUUAAUCCAAAAUACAAGGAAAAAGCUGAGCUAUUAUUCGACGUACUCUCAAAUCAGCCAAUCGAUCCAAAGGAAAAUUUCAUCAAGCACCUGGAGUUUGCCAUGAAAUUCCCAAAUCACCGAUCACAAGUUCCUGCAGUGAACCAAGCUGGUCUGAUUGCGCAGUAUUAUUUGGAUGUUAUCGUAUUUUUCGUUAUGAUUUCUCUGAUUUCAAGUUAUUUGUCAUUUGUGGCUCUUUGUAGAUUAGCUAGAGUGAUCUCGGGUAAGAAAUUGAAAACGGAUUAAAUAAAAUUUUUGUUGUGAUG